AUGACGAUAGAAAGCUCCGAAAAAACGAUCAACAACGCUACUGCUGGAGGAGACGACGGAUACGUUCGCCUGCACAUCACGCCGUUCGACGCAAGCUUGUUCAACAUUGUCGUUCCCAGUGCUGUCGCCCCUCAAGCCCGAAAUAUAUCAUAUCAUACGAUCGAGACUUUCCCGGAGAAACGAUACGGAUUUGUCGAACUUCCACAAGCAGACGCCGACAAGAUCAAAAAGAAGCUCAACGGUGCAACUCUGAAGGGCUCCAAGAUGAAGAUUGAAAAGGCCCGUCCCGAGAAGUCUCGAGAGCCAGUAGAGGAUGAUCAGCCAAAAUCAAAAUCGAAGCGAAAAGACAAGUCGGAAAAGAGCGAUGAAGCGCCCAAGAAGCGCAAGAGAGAGAAUGGCGUGGUCGAGGGCGUCACUUUGGGUGACCGCAAAGUGGUGAGGGGAUGGACAGAUCCGCUCGAAUAUAAAAAGAAGCCCAAGAAGGACAAAGACGGAAAGACAAAAGAAGCCCCAAGAAAACAGCCCAAAUCCAAGUACACAGAUACACCAGAGUGCCUCUUCAAGACGAGGGUGCCACCAAACGCUACUGCCAACUUACCGCAAGCCGACGAGGAGACCAAGCGCAAGAAGAAAAAGAAGGGCAAAUCAAGAGAAGUUAUUGUACAUGAAUUCGAAAAGACGACCAAAUUCCCCAGCUUUCUCAAGAUGGCAGUACCAGACAAGACUGGAAAGGAUGCGACGGACUUUGUUAAUGGCAAGGGAUGGGUAGACGAGGACGGCACCGUUGUUGAACAAGUCAAAGAAAAGGUUAUCCCAAAGCCGGAAAAGAAAAAUAAGAAGCCUCCCGUCAAGGUUGUGGAAGAAUCUGAGGACUCGGAUGACACCAGCAGCAGCGGAAGCUCAUCAUCAGACGAUGAGUCCGACUCCGACUCCGAUUCAGACGAGGAGGAACAGGCUGAGAAGGCCGAGACUAAGGAAAAGAUCAAUGGAUCAAAUGACGCCAGGGUUCCCAAGGCGCCCGAAAAGCCCACAGAAGCAAAAGACGACGACUCGUCAGACAGCGACUCCAGUGAUUCGGACAGCGAUUCAUCUUCCGACUCGGAUGACGAGGCCGAAGCCAAACCCGAGAAAUCCAGUCCCGCUAAAUCUCUAACCAUUGAUAUUCCACCACCUCCAACGACCCCUAAAGCAGUACACCCUCUGGAAGCACUCUACAAACGCAACAAGGACGAGGCAGCCACGACGACUGACUCUGGCGACGCCGGUGGUUUCAGCUUCUUUGGCGCCGACAUUGAGGAAGAGGGCGAAGACGGCACAGAUGCUGCAGCUAAUGUCCCCAUGACGCCGUUUACUCGACAAGACUUUGAGUGGCGCAAUGUUCGCAGUGCUGCCCCGACGCCUGACAGCGUCCAUCCCAGCCGUAAACAGCCAUUCUGGGCGCAAGAUCAGGAGGAUGAGAUGAUGGAGGAUGUCCAAGAAGAAGACGAGGAAGAAGCUACAGGUGCUGCUACGUCAGCAACAAGUGAUUUCCAAAAGUGGUUCUGGGAAAACAGAGGCGACCUCAACCGAUCGUGGAUGACGAGGCGCAAGACGGCAGCCAAGGAGAAGCGACACCGUGACAACAAGGCACGAGCAUCAAAGGCGUAA